AAUGAGUACAUGGCAACAAAUAGGCUAUUUGGUUAAAAAAAAUUUAUUAAUCAGUAUGAGAAACAAAGAGUUCCUUGUUGAGUCAAUUUUACCAAUUGUUGUGGCAGCUAUGCUUUCAUUAAAAGGUAUAAUAAUGAUUGAGAUGAUUAGGUCAAAUAUAAGCAAUUUAAUAAUUGAUGCCUUUAAUGUAUGGUAUUGCAUUGACUUCUACACAAAGAUCUAUGUUGAUUAAGUUAGUAGAAGAGAAAAGUAAAAGGUAUAAAGAAUUACAGAAAGUAAGUAUAUAAAUAAUUUACUUAUUAGAUUAUGGGUAUGAAGGAUAAUGCAUAUCUUUAUGGUUGGGUAAUAACUGGUUAUAUAAGAAUUGCAAUUGUAAAUAUAAUGAUUUUAAUUUUAGUCUUUAAUAAUAUUUGAAGUAUGUUGGUAUAUAUGUAAUAUAGUUUUUAAUAUUGAUUGGGAUGAAGAAUUUCAUAUAUCUUUUUUAUCUCUAUUAUGGCCUUAUGUAUUAUUUGCUUUUGCUGUAAGAAUAUAUAUUAAAUACAAUAGGCAAUGAAUUAGAAUUUUUUUUUAUCAAGUUUAUUUAAUGAAGUUAAAAUUGCUGGGGAAAUGUAAUCAUUUAUAUAGAUUGCAUUUAUUUUUUUCAUAUAUUUUUCAUUUGUAGAAAAGUUGGCUGAUAAGAUGAUAUUUUAUAUUUUUAUGACACUUAUAAGUCCAUAAUGUGGAAUAGCCUUUUCAUAUAUAUCAGCUAUGAAUAGUUAAAGUGGAAAUGAUUUAACUAAAUUGAAUUUAUUCCCAACUGAUAUAAUAAGUAGUACAUAUUCAACUUAAAUGGCUGGUAUUCAAUUAGGAAUACAAUUAAUUGCUUAUUUCAUAUUGUUUUUGUAUUGUGAAUAAGUUGUUCCAAAUGAAUAUGGAAUAGCUAAACAUCCUUUAUUUAUAUUUGGAGUCUCUUAUUAGAAAAAAGCAAAAGUUAGUUAAUUAGAUUAUGAUACUUCAUUAGAAAUUAAUAAUAGUAAUACACCUUUAAGUUCUGCUAUGUAUACAGAGGAAAUAAAAAUGAAUAAAUCACCAAGUAUAACAAUUUAGAAUUUGUUAAAAAAGUUUGGAGAUUUGAAUGCUGUUAAUAAUAUGAGUUUAGCUUUAUAUGAAUCUUAGAUAUUUUGUUUGCUUGGACAUAAUGGAGCUGGUAAGACAACUGCAAUUAGUUUACUGACAGGAAUGAUUUAAAAAACUUCAGGUUAAGUUAUGAUGUAUGGAAUGAAUUUGGAUAAAUAAUUAUCAGAUAUUAGAAAAUCAUUAGGAUUAUGUACUUAGAAGGAUUGUUUAUAUAAUGAAUUAACAGUGAAAGAACAUUUAAAAUUUAUAUCUAGUAUAAAGGGUAGAAUUGAUAAAGAGGAAAUGAUUUAAAUUAUGAAAAAAACUGAAUUAUUAGAGGAAUAAAAUAAAUAAGUUUAAGAAUUAUCUGGAGGUUCAAAAAGGAAACUCUCUUUGGCUAUGAGUUUAGUUGGAGAUUCAAAAAUAAUAUUUUUAGAUGAACCAACAUCAGGUAUGGAUGCUUAUUCAAGAAGAUCUAUUUGGAAUAUAUUAGAGAGAAUUAGAGAAGACAAAAGAACAAUUAUAUUAACUACACAUCAUUUAGAUGAAGCAGAAAUACUUGCUAAUAGAAUUGGAAUUAUGUCAAAAGGUUAAUUAUUAGCAGUAGGUUCAUCAGAUUAUAUUAAAAGAAAAUUUGGAGAAGGUUAUAAUUUAAAAUUAUCAUUUGAUGAUGUAAAUUUAAGAAAUACUAUUUAAGAAAAAGUUAAUUAAAUGGUACCUAAUAGUUUUUUAGAAACAUAACAUUCUAAUAAUAAUAAACUUGUAUUUAAUAUACCAUUUUCAUCAAAAGGAAAAUUAAGUGAUCUAUUUUAUAAUUUGGAAUCUUUAGAUGUCUAAAUUGGUUUAGAGAUGAAAACUUUAGAAGAUGCCUUUGUAAAAAUUGGACUUGAAGAUGAAAAGAGUCAUUUAAAUGAUGUAAGAAAAAGUGAAAUCAAAAUUGCUAAAUUAAGUAUGGGAAUUCCAGAUAAUAAUGAAGAAAUGGAAUUUGAAAAAGAAUAUUAAGAUAUCAUUGAAUAAAAUUAAAACAUUGAAAAUUACAAUAAUAUCUCUGAGUUUCAUUAAGAAAAACAAUUAUUGUAAGAUGUUCCAGAAUGUUUAAAAAAUGAACCUUCUUAUAAAUUUUCUUCAUAAUUAUUAGCAAUUUUCUUAAGAAGAUAUUAUACUGUGAUCAGAACAAGCACAAAUUAUUUUUCUAUUAUAAUCCCUAUGCUUACUUUUAUUUUAGGUAUGAGUACUGUAGCUGGUGUAGAUUUUGAUGAAUUAUUACAUACUGUAUUUCCUGAUAUGGAUAUUAAUAAUUUAUAAGAAGCUGUUGAAUUUUUCAAGAUUUCAUUACUUGCUAGUUGUAGUGUAUUGGCAUUUUGUUUUAAUGCAACAGUCUACAUAACUUAACCAGUCUUAGAAAAAGAAACAUACUUAAAGUAAGCUUUAAUAGGAAUGGGAUGUAGAUCAUUUCCAUAUUGGUUUGGAACUUUAUUAUUUGACUAUAUGAUAUACUUAUGUUAUGUAGCCUUAUUUUAUAUCAUUUCAGCCUUAUUGAAAUUAGAUAUAGCUUUUAAAUAUUGGAAGACAGGAUUAUCAUGUUAUAUAUUAUUUGGUUUCAGUUAUAUUUUAUUUGCUUAUCUUAUGGGAUUUUUAUUUAAAACUCUAGAGAAUGCAUUAAAAUUAUAUUCAAUGUUUUGUUUCUUUGCUAAUUUUUGUGUUCCUUUUAUUGUAAUAGCUUUUGUUGACUUCUUUUAUUAAGAAUUUAAUAAUGAAAUUGCAAAAUUAUUGAUUUAUAUAUUUUAAGUUCUAUUUGUUGUAGUAUCUCCAUUUUAUGCAUUUUUUGAAGCAUGCACAUUUUUAGCAGAUAAUUUCUAAAAAAUUUAUGAUUUAUAAUUAUACUCAACUCCAUAAUUAAUUUAAAGAACUUAUAUAUUUCAAUUAAUUUUAUUUGGAUAAAUCAUAAUUUAAAUUUUGAUACUUUAUUUAAUAGAAUCAAAAAGUUUUACAAUUCCAAGAAGUAAUACAAAUUAAAUACCAUAAACAGAAUAAUUAGAAUAAGAAAUUCUAGAUGAAAGAAUUAGAAUUGAACAAUCUAAAAAAUAUGAUCCUAUUGUUUGUAAAUAUUUAGAAAAAGAAUAUAUUAAAGAUAAACCAACAUUAUAAUAAUUAACAUUUGGUGUAAAGAAAGGUGAGAUAUUUGGAAUUAUUGGUCCAAAUGGUGCAGGUAAAUCUACACUAAUAAAUGUAUUUACUGGAAUUAAUACACCCACUAAAGGACUUGCUUUAAUAAAGGGAUGUGAACCCAAUUAAAGAAAUCAAAAGGUUAUGUAACAUGUAGGUAUUUGUCCAUAAUUUGAUUGUAUUUGGGAGAAUCUAACACCAAUAGAACAUUUAUAACUCUUUGGUAGAAUCAAAGGAUUAACUGGAUAGGAUCUAUAAUAAGCAGUCAAAUACUUUAUUAAAACUAUGUAAUUGGACUUAUUCGUAAAGACUAAGGCAGGAUAAUUAAGUGGUGGAAAUAAGAGAAAACUAUGUGUUGCAGAUGCUUUAAUAGGAGGAAGUGAUAUUACUUUUUUUGAUGAACCAAGCACAGGUGUAGAUCCUAUAUCAAGGAGAUUUCUCUUUAAUACACUAUAGAGAAAUAUUCAAUUAAGAAAUUGUUCAGCUAUAAUGACUACUCAUACUAUUGAAGAAGCUGAAAGUUUAAGUUAACGUUUGGGAAUAUUAAUAGCUGGAUAAUUUAAAUGUUUAGGAACUCCAUAAUAUCUUAGAUAGUAUUUUAUUAAUUUAAUAAAUUUAGAAAAUAUAACAAAGGAUAUCAAAUUGAGAUAAAACACAAUAAUGAAUAGAUUUAAGAAAUAGCUGAUUCUGUUAUUAAAAUGUUUCCAAAUUCAUAAAUAAUGGAAGAUAAAAGAAAUGGAUUUAUGACAUUUAAGUUUGAAGAUGAAGAUUUCAGUUUUUAUAGAACAUUUUAAUAUUUUGAAAAGUUAAUAAAAGAAAAUUUAAUUGUAGAUUUUUAAAUAAAUGAAAAGUAUAUUUAUAAUUUAUUAUUAAUUAGUUCACUUGAACAUAUAUUUAUUCAUUUAAGUAAGAUUUAAUAAGAAAUUAAUGAAAAAGAGGGUUUAGUAUUUGAUUGA